AUGGCAGAGGGAGGAUCCCACUGCACCAAUGACGCUGCUGUGGAUUACUACGGCAAGAACAUCGCGACGUGCUCGUCGGAUGGAACGAUCCAAGUCCGAUCCAUCGACAAUCCCUCUGAUCCCGGUGUGAUUCUCACGGGGCACCAGCUCCCGGUAUGGCAGGUUGCAUGGGCACACCCUCGAUUCGGCUCCAUUCUCGCCUCCUGCUCCUUCGAUCGCCGCGUGAUCGUGUGGAAGGAUUCCGGGAGGAAUGGGCAGUGGUCGCAAAUCCAGGUGUUUGAGGAGCACCAAGGGAGUGUGAAUUCCAUCGAUUGGGCGCCUCACGAACUGGGCUUGAUCCUCGCUUGCGGCUCGUCCGACUCGAGCAUCUCGAUCUUCACGGCCAAGCAAGGCAACGCGUCGGCUGCAUGGGACAAGACGAAGAUCGGCUCAGCUCACGAAGGUGGCGUCACUGCUGUUUCAUGGGCUCCAGCACUGGCCCCAGGCGCUCUCGUCUCGUCGCAACCAGCGUCACACAACACCUAUGUUUUCAAGCUCGUCUCUUGCGGCUGUGACAACACUGUCAAAGUCUGGAGGUUUAGCGAUGGAAGCUGGAAGAUGGACUGCUUCCCGCCGCUGUCCAAGCACAGCGACUGGGUGAGAGACGUUGCAUGGGCACCAAACAUUGGGCUCCCGAGAACUACCAUGGCCAGCGCUUCGCAGGAUGGGACGGUGAUCAUUUGGACCCAGGAUCACUCGGAAGCUGGCAGCGAUCAGUGGCAGGGGCGACUGCUCAACGAUUUCAAGGUCCCGGUUUGGAGAGUUCGGUGGUCAUCCGCUGGGAACGUUCUUGCCGUGACGGAUGGAAGCAAUGCCGUCAGCCUCUGGAAGGAAGUCGUGGAUGGGAAAUGGUCGCAAGUUACGGCUCUUUAGACAGUCAACAUCACGAGGAUUUUCCCUUCUUGCUUGGCGGCUUUGGAUCGUGAUCCAAUUGAGAUGUUAUCUCCUUCCUGGAAUUGUUUCCUUUUAAAUAAGAUCCAGGUUUACUUUUUUAUCUUU